AUGCCUUUCGGGGAGCUGAGAAGCGCGUCGGGAAGCAGCGGCGGCGGCGGCGGCUGCGACAGGUGCGGCCGCUGUUGCAAGAAACGCGAGGUCAGAGCGCUGCACUGCCUCUGCGGGCUGGGUUUCCUGGGGAUGUUCCUCUUGGCUCUGCCGGUACUGUACUUGAUCCGAGACAAGGUGGCGGAAAAAGCAGCGCCCGAGGAGAUCCCGAUGGAAAGGAUGCCCGCUGCCCAAAAACAGCAAGGGAAUCCACCUUGCCCCAACUGCUAUCCUACAACCCGGCCAAGUGUUCAUGCACGAGUCAAUUCUAAAGUCUCAAGGACAACAUGUGUGAAUGUGAGUAAGGACGGAUCAAGCCUCCUUUGGGAGAUUCCUCCCGAAGAGAACCAGUUCCAACUGGAUGAGGAAAAUAUUUCUUUCAUCAUCCCCAAAGACGGACGAUAUUUUGUCUACUCUCAAGUGACAUUUUCCUGCUCUAGGUGCAAUUGUGAAGAAGGCAUUUGCUGCGGGAAGAAAGCGAAAGGUGCAAAAACUGUGUGGCAGAAGAUCGGGUACAAAACUGUAGGGUAUCCUGAACCGAAUGACUUGAUCAUAUCCAUCAGUUCCAUCAAUGAGACCAAAUCGCUUAAAAGCCUUUAUCUGGCGAGAAUCAUGUUGCUAACGAAAGGAGACAAACUUCUGGUGUAUGUUUCCAACCCUGCAAUGGUACAGGCGGAUAUACGAUACACCUUUUUUGGCGCGUAUUUCAUUAGCUAAAGAGUCCACCGCCUAGCAUUAGCGUCAGGGUUGUAUUGGAGUCGGUUGGUGGGUUUGGCUAAGCUAGGCACUGUUGAAACCAAAGGGGGGAAAAAAAUUGAAAGGAAACUCACGGCUAAGAUGACUUUGACCAAAUGUCCCCAGCUCAUUGGAAAAUAUUCCUUGCUUCCGCUUCUGAAGGAGAGCAAAGAGAAAGU